GCCAUUUGGGACACUCAGCAACUUCUGGAGCCCUCGCAGACCACAAUGUCAGCCUCUGCAGUCUUUAUUCUGGACCUUAAAGGCAAGCCAGUGUCAGAUCAACAGGUUGCUCACCUCAGAGCUGUUUGUGGAAUGUUGCUGCUGUCCCAAGGUAUUUGAAUAUAAGCUCCUGAUAUGUCGGAACUACAAAGGAGAUGUGGAUAUGUCGGAGAUCGAGCACUUCAUUCCAAUGUUAACACAGAAGGAAGAUGAAGGGUCCGUGUCUCCACUUCUGACUCAUGGCAAUGUUCACUUCCUGUGGAUUAAGCACAGCAACCUGUACUUGGUCGCAACUACGACAAAAAAUGCGAACGCCUCCCUUGUCUAUGCAUUUUUAUACAAAAUCAUACAGGUCUUCACCGAAUACUUUAAGGAGCUGGAGGAGGAGAGCAUUCGAGACAACUUUGUCAUUAUCUAUGAGCUCCUGGACGAAGUGAUGGAUUUUGGUUUCCCACAGACAACGGACAGCAAGAUCCUUCAGGAGUACAUCACGCAACAAGGACAUAAACUGGAGGUAGCUGCCCCACGGCCUCCGGCCACCGUUACUAACGCAGUGUCCUGGAGGUCAGAGGGCAUCAAGUACAAAAAGAACGAGGUGUUUAUUGACGUCAUUGAAGGGGUCAACGUAUUGGUCAGCGCCAACGGGAACGUUCUGCGGAGCGAGAUUGUAGGCAGUGUGAAGCUCCGAGUUUUUCUGUCUGGAAUGCCGGAACUGCGGCUGGGGUUGAACGACAAGGUCCUCUUUGAGCUAACAGGACGAGGCAAGAGUAAAUCUGUCGAGAUGGAAGAUGUGAAGUUCCACCAAUGUGUGAGACUGUCCCGUUUUGAAAAUGACCGGACAAUAUCUUUCAUUCCCCCAGACGGAGAUUUCGAACUGAUGUCUUAUCGACUGAACAUCCACGUGAAACCUCUGAUUUGGAUUGAAUCUGUGAUCGAGAAGUUUUCCCACAGCCGAGUGGAAUAUCUGAUCAAGGCUAGGAGCCAAUUCAAGAAACAGUCGGUGGCCAACAACGUAGAGAUCGUCAUCCCUGUGCCCAGCGAUGCUGAUUCACCCAAGUUCAAGACGACCAUGGGCAGUGCCAAGUGGGUUCCUGAAAAUAACACUGUAGUGUGGACCAUCAAAUCCUUACCUGGCGGGAAGGAAUAUCUAAUGCGAGCUCACUUUGGCCUUCCGAGUGUGGAGAGUGAAAGCACCGAGGGGAAGCCACCCAUUUCGGUGAAAUUCGAAAUCCCGUACUUCACCGUCUCGGGGGUGCAGGUGCGGUACAUGAAAAUUAUAGAGAAGAGUGGUUACCAGGCUCUGCCAUGGGUCAGAUAUAUCACUCAAAGUGGAGGUCAGUACUGA